UUGUAUAUUAAUAAAUAAAAUAUGUACUAUAGUUAAUAACAACAAAAUCAUAAUACAAUUUUGCUUAAUUUUAAAAAUAUAUACUACAUAUAAAAAAAUAAAAUAUUUUUUUUUUAUAAAUGUAAUGAAGAAGAAAAUCUUAAUGGUUUGUUUGGGCAAUACCUGUCGCUCUCCCAUUGCUGAAGCUGUCAUGAUCGCCACAAUAAAAAAAUAUCAUGUCUAUGAAGAUUGGGAAGUAGAUAGUGCGGCCAUUGCUGAUUGGCAUGUUGGUAAAGAACCCAAUAUUCGUUCUAUGAAUAUAAUGAAAAAAUAUAAAUUACCCUAUAAAAAUCGGGCGCGACAAAUAAGGGCCUCUGAUUUUAAUGAAUUUGAUUAUAUUUUUGGUAUGGAUUUGUAUAAUAUGGCUAAAUUGGAUGCCUGCAUGCCACAGGGUUCAAAAGCAAAACUACUGAUGUUGGGUGAAUUUGGUUUGCCAGAAUCGGAUAGAAUUAUAGAGGAUCCAUAUUGUGCCCGUACUGAUGCAGCAUUUGAGAAAGUUUAUCAACAAUGUGUGGUGGCUUGUGAAGCGUUUUUGCAGAAGGCGCUAGCAAAUGAAAUUUAGAAAUUAAAAAUACGUUGUAUAUAGAAACUAAAAAAACAAAAAGACUUUGUAAUAAAAUAUCGAAUUUAUUAUGAUCGGUGAUCAUAACAGUAA